AUGGACUCCCAUGAGAAGAUCCACAUCGAGAAGCUGAAGGGUGCAGAAAACUACCAGACUUGGAAGGUUCUGAUUCAGCUGUUGCUGACUGAGAAGGGACUCAGGAAGACCAUAGAUCCUGAGAGCAGGUCAACCGAAGAAAUGGCAGCAAGAACUCCAGCAGUGAAGGCGAAGGAGGAAGAAGAUCAGUCCAAGGCUCUUGCAGCAAUUGGUCUUCGAGUCUCUCCAGAGUUCCUUGGAAUCAUCACUGAUUCAAAUGGUUCUGCAAGGGCUGCCUGGCAGGAAUUCUCAAGGAUGUUCCAGUCUGUGACAAAUGCGAGGAAGAUGAUGCUCAGAGAAAAGCUGGCCUCGCUGAGAAUGGAACAAGGAGAAUCUGCAGCCAAAAAGCAGGAUUCAGGCGAAGGGAGAAACGGAGGGAACAGAAACAAGGGGAUGAAGAAGUCAAUGGUUUUUGCCUGUCCUCCUGGAUCAAGCCUCGAAGACUUCUGGAUUCUGGAUUCUGGUGCUAGUGCACACCUCUGCUGUCAAAAGGAGAUGUUCUCAGAGAUGAGAGAACUGAGAGAGGGCGAAGCAGAGGAGAUCCACGGGGUUGGUGAUUCUGUCAGAGUGGAAGGCAUUGGGAAGGUGCCUCUGAUCUGCAAGACCGAAGAAGGGGAGAUGACCGAAGUGAUUCUCGAAGAAGUCAAGUUCGCUCCUCAAGCUCAGGUCAACUUGGCAGCUCUCAGCAAGUUCCUCAACAAAGGAGCCACUCUGCACAGUGAGAAGAGCGAAGUCUGCCUGAGAAUGGAGGGAGAGAAGUUCCUCGAGGCGAGCAGUCACGAAGGGGUGUCGGUCAUCAGAACGGUUUCGCGGAAACCUCUGGCCUUUGCGGUUAACCAAGGAGACAAAGGCAGACUCUGGCAUAGGAGGUUUGGACAUGCGAGCUGCGAAACCCUGGCCAAAAUGGCGCAAGAUUCUCUCGUCGAAGGCCUCCCCUCUGCAGCAGUCCUGAGGAAAGCCGGAGAAACCCUCUGUGAAGAUUGUGUCUUCGCCAAGCAAACCCGGAAACCCUUUCACCCCAGCAACCGGCAGAGCGAAAACCCCCUCGACCUAGUUCAUACGGAUCUCUGUGGCCCUAUGCAUACGAAGUCAGCCGGGGGCGCUCGGUACGUUGUCACGUUCAUCGACGACUACAGCCGGUGCGGGACCGUGCAGCUACUGAAGACCAAGGACCAGGCAAAGCAGGCCCUGGAAGCCUACGUGAGCUGCGUGGAAACUCAACUGGGGCGGAAAGUGAAGAAGAUACAGAGCGAUCGGGGUGGCGAGUACUGGAACUCGGAAGUGACGGAGUUUUGCGCGCGCAAGGGGAUCAUCCACCAGAAAACCAAUCCCUACUCAAGCCCGGAAAACGGGGUAGCGGAACGGUUGAAUAGAACUCUGCUGGACAAGGUGCGCGCCAUGCUUUCUGAGAGCGGACUCGAUCUGAAGUGGUGGGGUGAAGCGGUCUUGACGGCGAGCUACGUGCGGAACCGAACGGCGACGAAGACGCACGGGAAGACCCCCCUAGAGCUGUUCUUCGGACAGAAGCCAAGCGUGAAGGAGCUUCGCGUCUUCGGCUGCAAGGCCUUCGUCCACACCCCUAUUCAGAAGCGGAAGAAGCUCGACCCUGUCGCCAAAACCGGCGUCUUCCUCGGGUACGAACCCGGAACCAAGGGGUAUCGGAUUCUGCUGACGUCAGAUGAGAAGACGGUGACCAUCUCGCGUGACGUCACGUUCGACGAAACAGAACGGAAGGACCCCGAGGGAGCGGAGAUCUGGGAAGAGCCUCUGCAGUCAGUCUCGCCCGAGAAAGUCGAGCCUGAGGGAGAGAUGAGAGCAGAGGCACCGGAAACGGAGAAUCCCCCAGAAGCGGAGCCGGAGAGCGGAACGGAGAAGGAGAACGGAACGGGCGGAUCGAGCGGAACGGAGAAGAACGGAGAGGAAGGAGCGGAACCGGAAGUCACGGGGAAACGGGUGAGAAAGCCAAGUCAGCGGUAUUCCUCGAAGGAGUGGGUUACGGCAAAUCUCGCAAAGGAGACCGCAGAGCCGGUGGAGCCGAAAACCCUCGAGGAAGCACUGAGCAGCCCGGAAGCGGAAUUGUGGCGGGAGGCACUGGAGGAAGAGUUCGCCAGCCUGCAGGAAAACCAGACCUGGGAACUCUGCGACCCUCCCCCCGGCGUGAAACCGAUCCCGUGUAAGUGGGCGUUCAAGCUGAAGAAAGACGAGAACGGAAACGUUGACCGGUUCAAGGCGCGGCUGGUCAUCAAGGGGUUUAAGCAAAAGAAAGGGGUCGACUACGACGAAGUCUUCGCGCCCGUCAGCCGACACGUCACCCUGAGAAGUCUGCUUGCGGUCGCGGCGGCGGAAAACCUGGAGGUGGACCAGCUCGACAUCAAAACCGCCUUCCUGAACGGGGAUCUCGAAGAAGAGAUUUGGAUGGAGCAGCCGGAGUUGUUCGAAACUGGAGAGAAGCAAACGGCGUGCCUGCUCAAGAAGUCCCUCUACGGUCUGAAACAAGCCCCCAGAGCCUGGUACCUAAAGUUGACGUCAGAGAUGCGGAAACUCGGGUUCGAACCCUCGGCAGCGGAUCCGGCUCUGUUCACGAAAGCGGACGGAAACGGAAAGAGAACGUUCGUUGCGGUGUGGGUGGACGAUUCGCUGGUGGUCGGGGAAAAGCUGGCGGUGGCGGAAGUGAAGGAGGCGCUCGGGAAGAUCUUCACCGUGCGAGACCUAGGACCGGUGAGAUACUUCCUGGGGAUGGAAGUUGCGCGCGAUCGGGUUAAGAGGACGGUCAAGCUAACCCAACGGAGAGCGGCGCUAGAUCUGCUGAGCGAGCACGGCAUGGAGGCGACGCGGGCGCGGCGCGUGCCGCUGAACCCGGGGGAGAAGAUCCUGAAGCAGGGAGAGCCGCUCAACGUUGAGAAGUUUCCGUACUCAAGCCUGGUCGGAAGCCUCCUGUACCUGGCCAACUGUACGAGACCGGACCUCGCCCAAGUGACCGGUUCCCUAGCCCGGUUCAUGAGCUGCCCAACGGAAGAUCACUGGCGUCUGGCGAGAAACGUGCUGAGCUACUUAGCCGGAACCAGUAACGAGGGGCUAACCUACGGGGCGGAAUCACUUGAGUUUGUGGGUUUCUGUGAUGCAAACCACGGCGGAGAUCCGGAAACGCGGCGCAGCACCACCGGGUACGUGUUUCUGCUCGGGGGCGCGGCAGUCAGUUGGGCUAGCAAACUGCAACCCACGGUGGCGUACAGCACAGUCGAAGCAGAAUACAUGGCGGCGGCGUAUGCGGCAAAAGAGGGGCUGUGGAUUCGGAAGCUGGCGGCAGACCUAGGGGUCGAGUGCAAACGGAUGACGAUUCUGAGCGACAACCAAGGCGCGCUGCAGCUGAUCAAACAUCCGAUCACGUCCCAAAGGAGCAAGCACAUUGACAUAAGCCACCAUUUCGUGCGCGAGCGAGUGAUCCGGGGAGAGCUGCACUACGACUACUGCUGCACGUCCAAGAUGCCCGCGGACUUCCUCACCAAGGCGCUGACAUCAUCCAAGUUCGAGUUGUGCAAAGAGAUGAUAGGCAUGCAGUGA